UGUCUAGGCCCCCGAAAACGGAGUAAUUGGGAAAGUUGUCAUAAUCUAAUCUACCUUAGAUUCUAUAACCCUAUGUUUUUUUUUCUCUGACACACAGUGAGGACAAAUAAAUAACCAACAAUAAUUAUCUCAAUAAUUGAAACAUUUUCUUUUUUAACAUAUCUGAGAUACACUUAUAAGUUAUUCAAGUUUGAUUGGCUAGGCAUCUUGCUCUCAAGUCUCUGAUUAUCAAGGUUACUUUGAGCAUGGUGUGGUGUGUUUAUUGUGCACGGGAUGAGCCGACUACCCAUUUGGAUGGUAAAAUAUGUUGUUCCGGAUGUGGAAGAGUACUUGAAGAAGAUAACUUUUCUAGUGAGCCCACUUUUGUUAAGAAUGCUGCUGGACAGAGCCAAAUGGCAGGAAACUAUGUGAAGACUGUCCGAAGUGAUUAUACAGCUUCACGUGAUCGAACACUAAAUGAAGCAUAUAAUGGUAUAGAGGGUAUGCUUUAUGGGCUAGGAAUUGAUGGUGGUGAUUCAAUAGCUCGUCCAGCUUUGCGCUUCUAUGAGAUAGCAGUUGAGAAGAAUUUCACAAGGGGGCGUAGGAAAGAGCAAGUUCAAGCUGCUUGUCUUUACAUUGCAUGUAGGGAGAACAAAAAGCCAUUCCUACUCAUUGACUUUUCCGAGUACUUGAGGAUAAAUGUGUAUAUUUUAGGUGCUGUGUUCUUACAGCUUUGCAAACUUCUGCACCUUGAAAACCACCCAAUUGUCCAAAAACCUGUGGAUCCGAGCCUGUUCAUUCAUCGAUUCACUGAUCGUUUAUUUGGGGGAAGGAAGCCUAAUAUUUCUAGAUCUGCACUUCACAUUUUGGCCAGCAUGAAGCGAGAUUGGAUGCAGACAGGGAGAAAGCCAAGUGGAUUAUGUGGAGCUGCACUGUACAUUGCUUCUCUUUCACAUGGACUGAGUUGUUCUAAAUCAGAAAUUAUCAAAGUCGUGCACAUUUGCGAAUCAACAUUGACAAAGCGUUUGAUUGAAUUUGAAAACACGGAAUCUGGGAGCUUAACGAUUGAUGAAUUCAAUACAAGAGCUGAGGAGCUUGAAAAGGAAGGGAGGCUGGCCCUGCAACCUUAUUCGGGAUCAAAAGGAUCUGGGAUCACAGAAGUGCUAUGUGAACACAAGGAAAAUGUGAAGCUGCCCUUUGCCCAUGGUCUUUGUGAAAGUUGUUAUACUGAUUUUGUAAAACUUUCAGGUGGGCUUGAUGGAGGAGCUGAACCUCCAGCCUUCCAACGCGCUGAGAGGGAAAGAUUAAUGGCAAAAGAAGAUGCUGAAGAAAUUGCGGAGGAUCCAAAUUUUCCCAUUUCAAAUCCGGUAGAGAACGAUGGCGGCGAGUAUUUGGAGCCUGAAAAGGGAGGGAACACCCAGAGUAUGAAAAAUAUGCAUAUAUCAGGGUCUGAGCAAAUAGGGGCAUCCUCAGUGGCUAAAUUUGAUCAUAAUGCGACUCCUGAUACAUUACAUGGCAUGGAUGGUAUGGAUCCUGAUGAUCAUGAUGAAUCAGAUAACUUUUCCGAUAUCGAUGAUGUAGAGGUUGAUGGUUAUCUUCACAAUGAGCAGGAGAAGAUCUACAAGAAGAUCAUUUGGGAAACAAUGAACCGAGAAUAUCUUGAGGAACAAGCAGCCAAGGAAGCGGCUGCAUUAGAUGCCAAGAAGAAGUAUGAGUCCAGAUUUGCUAACUGUUCUGAGGAUGUGCAAGAAGCACAGAGGAUUGCUGCUGCUGCUGCUGCCAAUGUUAAAAAAUCACGAAUGGAAAAACAACAGAAAAGGGCUGCAGAACUGAAAAAUUCCGGCCCGGCUAAAUCAGCUGCAGAAGCUGCGAAGCAUAUGUUAACUAAAAAGAGGCUGAGCUCUAAGAUCAACUACGAUGUGCUAGAGAAGCUUUUUAAUGAGUCUGGACCUGAGAACCCCAAGAAAACUCGACAUGUGGAUGAUUCAACUGAUGAUAACGGGGUAAAGAGCGACAAAAUUGAUCCGGAAAUAGACGAGACUUACGAAGAAGCAUUUGGCGAGGAUGUGCUGUAUGAUGAGGAUGUUGGAGGAUAUGACUAUGGUCAACACUAUAAUUAUGAUGAUUAUUAAAUUAAUCUGUAUUCGAUAUGGCCGGUUUCCCCUUAGAUAUAUAGCGGAUACAAGAUGUCAGAUAGCACAUUUCCCGUUCACUUCUACUAGGAAUUGUUAAGUCCUUAUAGCUAAUUGCGUCUGAAUGUUAUUUUUGUUUUAAAAUUAUCAUUGAUUAAUAAAAGUGUGUGUCAAUUUUGCUCGUGA